CCAUUUACACCAACAAAGGAAGCAAACCUACCCGUGCACACCGACUCAUCGUCUUCGUCGCCGCCUCCUCCUGCUCCUCCUCCCCGUAGUCGUAGGAGAACGGCGAGGUCGCCGGCGGCAGCGGCAAUCCACUCAAUCAAUCAACUCCCAAGAAAUCUAAACAAUUUUGAUAGAAGGGGAGAAUCAUGGCUACCAAUGAAUUAUCAAUCAAGCUCUUGAUUGAUACCAAGGCUCACAAAGUCUGCUUUGCCGAGGCUGGUAGUGAUGUCGUAGAGUUCCUCUCCACCCUCCUUUGUCUGCCAAUGAGCACCAUCAUCAGCUUGCUCACCAAGGAGCGUAUGGUUGGCAGCAUGGGGAAUGUGCUUGAUAGUGUGGAGAAGCUGGAUGCCAAGUAUGUCAUCUCAAGCCAGAGCAAGGAACGCUACCUCAGCCCGACGGUUGCCCCAACCUCUCUCUGUCCAUUGCAGGAGCUGCUCGAUUCAGAGUUAAAUGCCAACGUCGGCUUCUUCACAUGUGAAGGAAGAGCGACUAGCAGCAGCUACACUCAGGCUCGCUUUCCCUGUGGGUAUUUUUCUGUAAACAAAGGCAGCGUAUGCCCUACUUGCUUCACUCAAAUGAACACGGCGAUUACACAUGUCAAAACCGUUGGGUUUGCUGUUGGGACAGCCACAUACACUGUCAAGGAUGAUCUCUCAAUGACUCCAGCGUCCAGCGUGUCAAGCAUCAGCCUUCUUGCACAGUGCGGUGUCAAGGACUUGAGCACGCUGCAGGAAAGGACUGUGAAUAUUCACAAGGGAGAGGCACUGGAGAUACUCCUUGCUUCCCUGAAGUCCAAGACCGUGCUUACUGAUGUGUUUCUUCAGAAGAGAAAAGUUGGUUGUAAGAAGGAGCCCUCUGCUUAGUUAUGGAGCCUGAGCAGUUUUACCAGGCAUCACAUGUGAAAAUCACCACCACUUGUUAACUGUUAUUAUUCUGAGAGUAGAUUUCUGUAGGUCUUUAGCGUAAAACAUCACUUUGCAUUGCUUAUUUCAUCCAUUUAGUAAAACUAGUCCUCAAAACAGUUGGCCUAUACUAGUUUGGUGCUCUCUCCAUUGCAUAAUACAAGAUCUAGUUGGCCUAAAGACGGACGGAGUAUUAACGUUGGCAGAACAAUUCGAUCGUUGGUUUAGACUUUAGAGUUAUAUUAUCAGUAGGAAGAAUAUUUUAUUACAAGUAGUUAAUAUGAUAAUAUAAAGAAGUUUUUAUUUAUUGGUUUAU